AUUUUUCAGCCUUAUUGGUUCAUAUUGUCAUGAUCAAGUUCAGUGCUUUCUUUUUUUCUUGUCUGCGAGUUCUCUUUUAGAUACAUUCACUGUUGCGGGCAUUUGAGAUCCUGUUGGCUGAUUUUUUUUUGGCUGGUAGAAGUUGUGUUUGAAUUCAUUUAGGCUUGAGAGAAAGCUCCAUUGUUUGUUGUUUAGUGUAUAGUAUUAUGAACUGUACAUGUUCAGUUUAGCAUUGAUAAACUCUCCUUAUUUGGUUUUUUUUCUUGCAUUUAACUUAUCUGCUCAUCUGUACUUGUAGCUGUUAUCCAUUGCCAUGCUUCUUUUCAAGGUGGUUUCCUUUGCUUUAGUUUAUGCUCGUUAUUGUUCUUGUCAUUUCUAAACAGCUAUGCUGCUGCCGUGUCUUCAGUUUUAUUGAACGAUAUUAGUUGCCGUCAUUGUGCUUGGAUAUGUUUACUUCUAAUUAGGUGAUUUGAGAUUGGUUAGUGGAUUGCCAUGUCAGGGAGAGUUAGGCCCUCUGCCUUGUGACGUACUAAAGUUUCUUUCAAAUAGUAGCAUGGAGAAGAAAAAAAUAGAUGAAUAUGAACCAGGACCGCUUCCUUCACCAAGACCACUGGAUAGGUUUGGCUUUGUGAAGCAAGAGGUUAAUAAUUCACCACAUGGUUUAACCAAAGGAAGGUCAGCUUAUGAAUUUGAGAGGGAGGAAAGAAGGGUAAGAAAAUGGAGGAAGAUGAUUGGGGUUGGAGGGAGUGAUUGGAAGCAUUAUGUUCGAAGAAAACCUCAUGUUGUUAAGAGGCGCAUAAGGAAAGGAAUCCCUGACUGUUUAAGGGGUCUUGUUUGGCAGUUGAUCUCCGGAAGUCGAGACCUUUUGCUGAUGAACCCUGGGGUUUAUGAGCAACUAGUUAUUUAUGAGACAUCAGCAUCGGAGCUGGAUAUAAUUAGAGAUAUUUCUCGGACCUUCCCAUCGCAUGUUUUCUUCCAGCAGAGACAUGGUCCUGGUCAAAGGUCGCUGUACAAUGUUUUGAAGGCUUACUCUGUGUAUGAUAGAGAUGUUGGAUAUGUUCAGGGGAUGGGAUUUUUAGCUGGUUUACUACUUCUUUAUAUGAGUGAAGAGGAUGCUUUUUGGUUGUUGGUUGCAUUGCUGAAAGGAGCGGUCCAUGCUCCAAUGGAGGGAUUAUAUCAGGUGGGUCUGCCUCUUGUUCAACAAUAUCUGUUUCAGUUUGACUGCUUGAUGAAGGAGCAUAUGCCGAAACUGGGAGAGCAUUUCACCCAAGAAAUAAUAAAUCCUAGCAUGUACGCAAGCCAGUGGUUUAUAACUGUUUUCUCAUACUCUUUUCCAUUCCACUUGGCCCUUCGGAUUUGGGAUGUCUUCCUUUACGAGGGUGUAAAAAUUGUUUUCAAAGUGGGUCUGGCACUGCUAAAAUAUUGCCAUGAUGACUUGGUCAAAUUGCCCUUUGAGAAGCUUGUACAUGCUUUGCGUAAUUUCCCUGAGGGUGCAAUGGAUCCAGAUACAGUACUGCCUAUGGCUAACUCCAUCAAGGUGUCCAGACGUUUGGAAGAGCUGAAACAGGAGUAUGACAAGAAGAAUGGAAAGCUUAGUCAUUCCACAGAAAUUAACAGGAAUCAGGGACAGUUACAAUGAAGUUAAAGAUUGCAAGCCAACAGAAGUUUAUUGUGCUAACCAGCUCAUAAAGAUUUUGGUUGACACAGAAUUCUUAUCCAGCCAGAUUGGGUUGGUAGUGGGACAUUAUCACAGAAUUAGGGCAACAGAAAUGCUUCAUAUGUGUCAUCAUCGAGAAAACGUGCAGUUGCAAAAUUGUUCUUGAGCAUCCUUAAGCACCUGUUGAAUAGUUGAAGAUAUAUGUUGUUUGGUCCCCUGUGCUAAGCCUGCAGAUACACAUUGCUUGGAAGCAUCAUGAUUAGUUUUUCAGUAAGAAGAUAGAUAUCAAGAGCACCAUUGAAGAAUCGCCUUUUUGAUAAGUUCCAUGCAUUUGCUGCAUCAUGUCUAGUGGUUAACUUUCCGCCUAACAUGCAAAAGCAUAGGCUCUAAUGAAGCUAAUGUCUCGACAGAAUUUAUUCCUAAGCAGUGGAUGCCCGUGCAAUUUGACAGAAGUGUCGGCAUAUCUUCCCUUUAAUAAUGGUGCUGGCAACCAUUAAGGUUAAAUUUGGUUAGAGUUUCAAGAUAGAAGUGUAAGAUAUAUCUAGAAGAAUCAUAAAUAUGAUGGUUAGAAUGAUAGAACAGAAACCUAAAAAAAUAGAGAUACAAAUUCUGUCAUUUUAAAAUACAAAGAUAUAACCUUUUAUCCCAAGUAUUUUAUUUUAA